AGGAUCCAAGAUUCAAACCAAAUCCAUAUAGAGGAAUAACAUGAACAUUCAUGUUUUAAAGGAUGUCAGAAGGAUUGCUGUUCAUCAACAUGUUCCUUAAUGGAAUAUACAGAAAGCAUGCAAUGCUGGUGGCCCUAAGAGACAACUGCCCAAAAACAUCAGUGGUUAUUCAGCAAGUGUGAUUGAAGAGAGAAUGAAGUGGAGUUUAGAAAAACUUUUGUCAUUUUGGGUCACAGACUGGAUAUCAACUUGUCUCAUGUCAAAUGCCACUCAGAAUACCACUGCAAUAUGACUCAAAGCAUUAUGGAAACCCAAACCACUGCUUGGCUUUGGAGAAAAGGACAGUUCUUUGUAUUUCUUCUUGGAAUGUUUGAUUUGAAGUUCUAUGUUUCCCUAAAGCACAAUAAGAAGUAGCCACUUCAGAAGAUGAGCACUUUCGGUGGCACUGGGAAGUUGGUCAGCCUGACAACAGUAUCUAUCACACGAUCUGUAGAUAUUAGUUUUCACAAUGGACUGAUGGCCUGGCACGUAAACAACAAUGUGACUCUUAAUCAGAGCAUGCCAACAUCUGCCCCUGCAAAUGCAUCUGAAGAGGAAAAGCUCUCCCACGAAUCACUUGCCGACAAAAAUUGGUCUGCCCUGCUGACUUUGAUUAUUAUUAUCUUGACAAUCGGAGGUAAUAUACUUGUUAUCAUGGCUGUUUCACUUGAGAAGAAACUUCAAAAUGCGACCAAUUUCUUCUUGAUGUCUCUGGCUGUAGCCGAUAUGCUAGUCGGAAUCUUGGUGAUGCCAGUAUCCCUUGUUACAAUUCUGUAUGAUUAUGCUUGGCCCUUGCCACGGAAACUGUGCCCUAUAUGGAUUUCAUUGGAUGUCCUCUUUUCUACUGCAUCUAUCAUGCAUCUGUGUGCAAUCUCUCUUGACCGUUAUGUAGCAAUCCGUAACCCAAUAGAACACAGCCGUUUCAAUUCCCGGACUAAAGCUAUGAUGAAAAUUGCUGCCGUCUGGACUAUUUCAAUAGGUAUUUCAAUGCCAGUGCCUGUGAUUGGCCUACAGGAUGACUCCAGGGUUUUUGUGAAUAGCAGCUGUGUUUUGAAUGAUGAAAACUUUGUACUUUUGGGAUCAUUUGUGGCAUUUUUUAUUCCUCUCAUCAUAAUGGUGUUCACAUAUUGCCUGACCAUUCAGGUACUUCAAAAGCAAGCUACAGUGUUCAUGUAUGAAGAAGUUCCAAAGCAGAGAAGGAGCAGUGUUAACUGUCUGAAGAAAGAAAAUAACACAGAAAACAUUUCCAUGAUUCAGAAUCAUGAGGCAGCAUCACAUUUAAACUCUCCUAUUAACAAAGAAGGAGCUCUUUUCCGCAAAGGAACAAUGCAGUCAAUUAACAAUGAACGUAGAGCUUCUAAGGUUCUUGGGAUAGUCUUCUUCUUGUUUUUGAUCAUGUGGUGUCCUUUCUUUAUCACAAAUAUCAUGUCUGUACUUUGCAAAGAGGCAUGUGAUAAUGAACUCAUGGUUGAACUUCUGAAUGUAUUUGUAUGGGUUGGUUAUGUUUCUUCAGGAAUUAACCCACUAGUCUACACACUUUUUAAUAGAACAUAUCGUAGAGCUUUUGCCAGUUACAUCCGUUGUCAGUAUUAUAAUAGCAAAAAGACAAUGUUGCAGCAAAACCAAUGUCAACACAAUGCUACAUCAACAGCAAUGUAUGGCAAGGACCUUAAUUUGAAUAGCUAUAGAAAUGGCAAUGAACUAACAAGUGUGGACAUGGACGAAACUGAAGAAGCAAUAGAAAUGCAGCCUGGGAUUUCAGAACUAUCUAUAAACAAUUCCAAUGUUGUAAGUGAAAGAGUUAGUUGUGUGUGAGGAAAGUUCCCGCAGGAAAAUAUAAAAACGUAUUUGUCAAAAUUAUAUUACAAAAUAUAUCAUGUAAAAAUGUAAAUAUUUCUUCAGAGCAGACAUUUUUUUAUUACAUUUCUGCAAUCUUUUGUGUUGAUUGAGCCCCAGUAUUAAUAUAUUUCCUGUUGUAAUAGAUAAAGGAGCAGUUAUUUUAAUUACAUAAUGGAUAUAAUGUUAACUUUCUUUCCAAAUGCAUGAAAUUGCUAAGAAUACAUUGGAACAUUUCAGUGUCCUUCAAGCACUGAACUGUAGACAUUCAUAAAUUAUAUUGAUAAAUGUAAGUUUCAUAAACAUUUGAAGUGAUGCCAUCUUGUAUGCAUGAGUUUCAAAAUGGGGUAAGGAAAUUCUACAUUUUUCAAGAUAUUUAUUUUAAAUAAAGCUGGAAAACGAUUGUGACCAAACUGCAA